GAAGCGGCGACUGCUCAGCCGCGUACACACCGAGCAGCCGGCACUUACCGCACACUUACCGCUGCAGCCAUGGACUCACACGGCCGCCGCCUGCUGCUCCUGCUCCUCUGUCUGACCCAGGACUGGACGUGCGGUUCUGCUGGCACUGGAUCCGGACAACUUCAUCCCCCAACCAAUAUAGCAUUUGGAAUGAAUGGAAACUUUUGUCUCUUUUGGAAAUGGACACCAGCAAAUAGAACUGCAAACUGUACGUUAGAGUACAAAACUGAGAUUUUACCAUCCGUUUUCAAUUCGGUACCUGAAGGGAUUCAUAAACAUCCGCAUUAUUCAAAGUUUUUCGAUACUAGAGUUGACUUGAACAAAAACCUCACCUUAAAGAUUCACACCGAAUGUGGCAAUAGAGCAAGUGAGGCUAUUACUUUUACAUCUCCACUGGCAGCAGGCAGUCCAAGAAAUAUGGUGAGAAACAUGACUUGUGUUUGGCACUAUAAGGAAUAUGUGAAUUGCACAUGGCAACCCGGAGAAGAGGCCCGACUCGGUGUUAAUUACAGCUUGCGUUACUGGAUCACCAAGGAAGAUUCAUGUCCUUCAGUAAAAAACAAGCAGCCAACGCCGUUUCUGGACUUAUUCGAUGAAGGAGAACCGUGCCAGAGGUAUACCUAUGACAAUGGAAUUCCAGUUGGAUGCCUGUUCAAACUAGAGCAGGAUUUUCGUGAUUUCAUCAGUCUUGUAGCAGUGGUAACCGACAGAUCUCACUACGUUAAACCCUAUAUUUACUUCAUCAGCUGUAUCAAUAGCAUAGCAAAGCUUAAAGCUCCGGUCAUAAAUGAGGUGAAGAGGACUCUGAAUAACAGUGUCUUUGUCAGCUGGAACGUAUCUGAUGCAGAUAUCUAUGUAGAAGCAGAGCUUAAAACCUCAAAUAGAGAAAAACCUUAUCAGACUGAAGGUCAAAGUAUUGAAAUUCCCAAUGUGCUGCCGGAUGUUACGUUCACAGUUAAGGUUCGGUUGAAGCUAUCUAAACGUGUAAUCGGUUUAUCUGAUUCAUACGAACAGAGCAACUUCCUCUGGAGUAAUUGGAGUGAGGAAAGAACGUUGCCAGCGGAGGGUGAGAGAACCACGUCUCUAGUGCUACUUCUCCUGGUGACAUUAGCGAUCUUCGUGGCUACUGUCUUGCUGCUAAUCAACAUGAGACGAUUGCUGAUGCUUCUUUUCCCGCGAAUACCUGACCCUAGUAAAGUUAUAUCAAGUGAUUUUCAGCAUUGGCUAAAGUAUGGGAAAUCUGUAUACAACGAGCCAAAGAAGGAAGAAGUUUGUGUGGUGUCUUUACUAGAAACUCCACAGUCAUCUUUUCAAGUGGAAUAAUACCUCAAGUGGAACAUGUGAACCAGUUCUAUUUCCGUCUUUUAGUUUACACCUGAUGACAGCUGAACUUUAAACACCGGCAUUGUGACCGAUCGCGGCCGCAGUGUUUGAACUUUGCAAAACGUGACAAAUCAGCUUUGGAAUUAUGACCUUCAGUAAACCACUCCUAUUUAAGUAUGGAGAGAAUAGUCAGGUCCAUGGAUGCUUAACUGAUCUUCGUCAAGAUCAUCCUGAAUGAAUUGGAGGCCUUGUAAGAGUUCUCUGUGUAAGAAGAAUAGACGCUCAUUUAGUUUUUUUUUACCAAAAGCCUUUAGCAACAUCUGGGCUCUUACUACAUUACUGAAGCACGUCCACACGUGGUGUUGUCAUUCUUGUAGGCCCUUACUUGCAAAACGGUGCCACUGGGCCAGAUUGUUCUGACGCAACGUAAAUGCUUGAAUGUAGGUUCUUCCUAGGGUAAAGUAAUUCUUGGUACUAUACAUAUACAAGAUACAGCAUGGUGUAUGGCACAGAGCUAAAACGGCAGUGGAGGUCGGGAUUGGAUUACCAGAUGAACAAACUAUGAACGAAAUCCAUUCCAUGUCCGUCAUUAAUUUAGGCAUUUUGUAGCCAACGGCAUCCCUCUGCAAAGAGAUGUCAAGUGACUCGUCCGGAACCUAGUAUCAUUUUCUAAGUGAAUGUCUUUUGUAUACAGAACCGUCAUUAUUUAUUUAUGAAAGCAGACGCAGAAUUGUAUAUGUCAAUGAAGCAAUGGUUUCCUCAGGACUUUAUCAUCUGCAUUACGAUUCAACAAACUUUCCCUUUUUUUUUUAUUUAAAUAUUUUAUAGUAGAUUGAUUUAUGAAAAAAAAAAAAAAGUUGUAUUUUAUUGUAUAAAAUUAUGCUAUGUGCACUUU